AUGCAGAAAUCUAUUCACGAGCUUAAGCGUCAGAUGGGGCAGAUGGCUCUUAUGCAGAAUGUCAGACCUCCGGGUGCUCUUCCUAGUGAUACUGAAAAGAAUCCAAAAGAAUGCAAGGCAGUCACCUUGAGGAAUGGUAGAGAGCUAGAAGAAGUGCCGCCGAAAAAGAAGAACAUAGCAGAGGCAGAACUUAUCCCUGCUAAGCGAGCUGAACCAAAGCAAACAGUCACAGAGCAAUAUGUAGAGGAAGUGGUACACAUCAACAUACCUUUGGUGGAGCUUUUGCAAGAAGUCCCAAAAUAUGCUAAAUAUAUUAAAGAUGUGGUUGCGAACAAACGACGUUGGACAGAGUUUGAGACUGUUGCACUUACUGAGAAGUGCAGUUUUAGAGUGAGGAGUAAAAUUCUUCCAAAGUUGAAAGAUCCGGGCAGCUUCACAAUUUCGAUUACGAUUGGCAACAUUGAAGUUGGUCUAGCAUUGUGUGAUUUGGGUGCUAGUAUUAAUCUGAUGCCCACCUCUAUGUUUCGAACGUUGGGUUUGGGAGAGCCUAGGCCAACCACUAUUACGUUGCAGUUGGCUGAUCAAUCUCUUGCUUAUCCUGAUGGUAUUAUUGAGGAUGUUCUUGUGAAGGUAGGCCCAUUUAUUCUGCCGGUUGAUUUUGUGAUACUUGAUUAUGAGGCAGAUAAGAGUGUUCUUCUCAUCAUGGGGAGAGAAUUCUUGGCCACUGUUGAUGUUGUGAUCCGAGUGAAAGAUGGGAAGAUGUCCAUGACAGUUAAUGGACAAGAGGCGACUUUUGAUGUGUUUAAAGCUACCAAGCUUCCAGCCCAUUAUGAGGAGUUGAAGAUGAUUUUCGUGGUGGAACCCGAGCUCACUAACGCCGAGUUAGAUCACUUUAAGUGGAGGAGUGUCUUAGCAUUUCUUGACACUUCAUGUGCUUAUCUACGAGCAAGUACACCGGUUGAGGAGCUAGACAGACCAGAGUCAUGGAAGAAGCCGAAACCAUCUAUUGAAGAGGCUCCCCUUCUUGAGUUGAAACCAUUACCUCCUCACCUUCGCUACGCUUUCUUGGGUAGUGGAGACACGUUGCCCGUAAUCCUCUCUGCUUAUUUGACUGAUGUGCAGGUUGAAUGUGUGUUACGAGCGCUAAGAGAUCGAGUCCGAGCCUUUGGGUGGUCGAUAGCUGAUAUUCGAGGUAUUAGUAGCUCGUUUUGCAUGCACAAAAUAUUAUUGGAGGAAGACAAAAACCUAGUAUUGAGUGCCGAGGCGACUGAACCCGAUCAUGAAGGAGGUGGUGAAGAAAGAGGUAAUCAAGUGGCUUGA